AUGCAUGAUGCAAGGCUGAGAGUGGAAACGUGGUCCGCAGUAUGGUCAUUGUUGCGGGAAGAUGGGCAUCGAAUCCUGGCCGCUGAUCUGCCCGGGCAUGGGGCCAGCGACUUGACGCCUGGUUCUUUGGAGAUGGAUUCGCUUUGCGAUGACGUUGUUCGAGUGUUGGAUUUCUUUGACGUGCAAAAUGGCAUUCUCGUUGGACAUGGAGUUGGCGGUUUCAUUGCCAUCCAAUACAUGCUGAACUACCCGAAGCACGCAAGAUGGAGGCUUCCACAUGGCUUUGUUUGCAUAGCGUGUUCCGCCGGCAACCUGCAGGAGACAGUUGGGCAUGAAACGCUGAGACAAUUGUCGAAGCUUUUCAAUGUGGUCCGCUUGCCAGAAAUGGUCGCCUAUUUCGAUAUGUCUGGAGAGGUCUCGAUCUCCAAGCGGCUUGGCACCAAUGCGUCGUUUGCCGCGGUCCGCGUUGCUUUGGAGGCAAGCCGCGUCGCAGCGAGCGAGUGGGCAGUGCGAAAUCUCAGCGACAUGCAGUGGCACUUUGACUUGCACCCUCAAAUACCGGCUCUUGAAUUGCCCAGUGCCCUGCUUCUGAGCUCCCAUGACGAGAGGGUUCCGCGUCCACUUGCUUUGAGAGAUAGCUUCCAAGCCUCUGGGUCCUUGCGCGCCUUCAAGCUGUUGGAAGAUGCAGGCCACUUCAUUCCGCUGACGAGAGCAGGAGAAGUGGCACAGAUCGUGGCCACUGCGCUCUCCCAGUAA